UAACAACACGAUCCUAGUCUUCUUCCAAUCUCAGACCGUCCCUUCGUCCAUGAAAACUCCUACACUGUCUUAUCGCUGCCUCGCCGGCUUCCUCCUCCUCUUCUCCUUCCUCCGCUUCCUCUCCGCCGCCCACGGGCCGUCGGAGUUCAAGGUCGGCCUCAUCCUCGAUAUGAAUUCCACCGUCGGGAAAGUUUGCCGCAUAGUCGCCGGUAUGGCACACGACGACUUCUACGCCGCCCACCCUGCGUCCUCCGCCCGCCUCCGCCUCCUCCCUCGUGACUCCCACCGCGACGUCCUCGACGCCGCCGCUGCCGCGAUGGAUUUGCUGGUCAACGAGGAGGUCCACGCCAUCCUGGGCCCGCAAACCUCCGUCGAGUCACCGUUUGUCGCCGACCUCGGCGAAUACGCUAACGUCCCCGUCGUGUCGUUUUCCGCCACCAGCCCCGCGGUGUCCCCCUCCUGCAACCCCUUCUUCGUCCGCGCCGCCGCCUCCGACGCCGCCCAGGUCGCCGCCAUCGCCGCCCUCGUCCAGGCCUUCGCCUGGACCAGCGUUGUCCCCGUCUACGAGGACUCCGACUACGGCACCGCCCUCCUCCCCGUCCUCGCCGACGCCCUCGAUGCGGUCGGCGCCGCCGUCCCCUACCGCUGCGCCGUCUCUCUCGCCGACUCAGACGAUCGCAUCUCCGCCGAGCUCUACCGGCUCAAGACGCUCCAGACGCGAGUCUUCGUGGCGCACGUCACUCUGCGGCUCGCUCGCCGCCUUUUCCCUCUCGUCCGGCAGGCGGAGAUGAUGGCGAAGGGCUCCGUGUGGAUCGUCACUGAAGGGCUCACCAGCCAGUUCGCCACCAUCGUCGAUUCGCAGCACUUCCUCGCCGAGUUCUUGCAGGGCGUGAUCGGAGUGAAGCCAUACGUGCCAUGGUCGCCCCGCCUCCGGCGAUUUAAUCGGCGGUGGAGGAGGGAGUUCCUGAGGGAGAACCAUGAAUCCGACAUCACAGAGCUCAACAACUUUGGAAUUUGGGCCUACGACGCUGUGUGGGCAGUCGCCGCCGCCGCCAAUCGCCUUGGCCCCGCCGCCGCAAGCCACGAUUUCCGCAGGCCCAACACCACCCCGUCGAGCACGGACUUCUCCAGGAUGGGCGUCUCAAGCACCGGCCCCAAGUUGUUGAACUUCAUCAAGACGGCAGAGUUCGAGGGCCUCGCCGGAAGAUUCCGGCUCCAUGACGGGGAGCUCGCCGUGGCGGCGUACCAGAUCGUGAACGUGGACGGGGGGAGCGUGAGGGAGAUCGGCUUCUGGACGGAGAAGCAUGGGCUGAGCAGCGAUCUGAACUCGACCGCCGGGAAUAAGCUGCGUCCGGUGAUAUGGCCGGGUUACUCGACGUCAGUGCCCCGUGGGUGGGAGACGCCCACGGGCGGGCGGCGACUGCAGGUGGUGGUGCCGGGAUCACCGAACCAGACGCUGCAGUUCCAGUCGUUCGUGAGCAUGAAGUACGACUCGGAGACGAACCAGACGCGGGCGAGCGGGUUCGUGAUCGACGUCUUCGAGGCGGCGGUGCGGCGACUCCCUUACGCGCUUCCCUUCGAUUACAUACCUUACCGUAACGCCAACGGCUCCGGCGGCGGCGACUACAACGCACUCGUCAAACUGGUCGCCGACCAGGUAUAUGACGCAGUGGUGGGUGACGUGUCCAUCACCGCAAACAGGUCGCUGAUCGUCGACUUCACCCUUCCUUUCACGGUCUCCGGCGUGUCCAUGGUCGUCCCUCUCCGGGACGGGCACAGCAGCACCGCGUGGAUCUUCCACAAGCCGCUCACGGCCGACCUAUGGCUGACAAGCGUGGUCUUCUUCAUCUUCACCGGCGCCGUCGUCUGGAUCUUGGAGCACCGGACAAACGAGGAGUUCCAGGGCACCGCCGGCCAACAGAUGGGCAUCACCUUCUACUUCGCCUUCUCCACGCUCGUCUUCGCCCACAGGGAGAACUUGACGAGCAACCUGUCGAGGAUGGUGGUGAUCAUCUGGGUCUUCGUGGUGCUGAUACUGCAGUCCAGUUACACGGCGAGUCUGACGUCCAUGCUCACGGUGCAGAAGCUUAAUCCGACUCUGAGCUCCUUCGAGGAGCUCAACAAGACAGGGCUGAGGAUCGGGUACCUCAACAACUCCUUCACGAAGGGGCUCCUGCUGCAUCUCGGUUUUCAGGAAUCGAGAUUGAGGCCGUUCCGGUCGCCUGAGCAGUACCACCAAGCUCUGGCAGAUGGCAGCGUGGCCGCCAUUGUCGACGAGGUCCCGUACCUGAGAGUGUUCCUGAGGGACUACUGCAACAACUACUCCAUGGCUGAGCAGAUCUACAAGACCAGCGGAUUUGGAUUCGUAAGCCCAUCUGCUAGACGUGGAAGAUCCAAAGUCGGGGAGAAGAUGCUGAUGAGCGUGUUCUGUGGUGCUUUGCAGGUUUUCCGGAAAGGAUCUCCGUUGGUGGCCGACCUGUCGAGGGCGAUACUUAACCUGACCGAGGGCAACGAGAUGACUGAAAUUGAGAGGAAAUGGUUUGGCGAUCAGACGACCUGCCCGAACCAGGGCAGCGUACUCUCGCCGGACACCCGCAGCCUCAACGCGAAAAGCUUCUGGGGCCUCUUCCUCAUCACCGGAGCUGUCUCGUUGCUCUGCUGCCUUUUCUACUCGUUACGCUCAGUUUACCGUGACAGGCUCUCUCUUACCGGCGUCGUGUCAGGGAGGUCCUUCGGGAGGAGGCUUCUCUCCAUUGCUCGGCUCUUCGAUGGUCAGGGCAAUGGUGAUCCUCCGGGUGCACCAAGGAGUGGCAAGCGGAUGGAGAUCGGAGCAGCCACAGCAGGUGCAAGUCCAAGUUCUUUGCAGAGUUCCAGCGACCAGGAAAGCCGAACGAGCACCUCCGAUGAUUCAUUCACAGGAAGCUCUUCGCCGGAACUCGGCAUCAGCCAGAUACAUGAAGCAAUGCCACAUCCUGGUGAGCCUGAAGAAAAUCAUUGAUAACAUAUAUGAAUUCAGGACACCAAAUAAAACUUGACAGGAACACAUUGAUUUUCAGUAGAUGAAGAAGUUGAAGUUAACAAAAGCAGAGUUUUUUAGCUACCCUGAAUACUAAGGAUGAUGCAUUUUUCUGAGAUUUUUAUUUUUAUUUUUUCAGUCAUACUGAUGAAUUUUUUGAGGUCCUUUUUGUAUCAAAAUGUAUUGUUCAGAAUAACAAUUACAAAGAUUUCGCAUUAA